UUGGCGACAAGCGUGCACCAUGCCACCGCCCGAGUUCCUUGGAAACAGAGAUCUCGUUGGGUCCAAAACCGGCGACGCGCUCCCUGUUUUCCCUUUCACCCACCUCCACUUCUCCGCCGGUUUCGCGCCAGAUCGCGUAUAAAACGGCCUCCGUGCAGGCUCCCCGCUUGUCAACCCGCAGAGGCCACGGAAGAAACAAGAACCAGUUCAGCCCAGCAGCAGUACAAGCGCGUCGCGAGCGAUCGAGAUGGCGGCUGAGGCGGCGAGCAGGAAGGCGCCGUCGCUGGUGGUGGCGGCGAGCAUGGGCGCGGUGGAGGCGCUCAAGGACCAGGCGGGCCUGUGCCGCUGGGACUACGCGCUGCGCUCGCUCUACCACCGCGCCGCCGCGCCCAGGAUCCAGGCCCUGUCUGCCAAGCUCUCCGACUCCAUGGCGGCGGCGCCCGCGGGCGAGCUGCCCCGGACGAAGCAGGACGCGAGGAUGCGGAAGGCCUACCACCUCGUGUGCUGGGGCCCCAACUGAUCGAUCUCGACUCCCACCAGCGCUUCUUGUUUCUCUGUAGCCUAGCUUUCUUCCUCCAUGCCUCCAUCCAUCCUUGUACAUCUUUUUUCGCAAUAAAAAAAGAUGAGAGAACAAUGCAAUGUCCAAUUUGAGUUACGGAGCUGAAGGACCCCCAAAAAAUUAGAAACUUCUUACUUGAUAGUGUUCUUGUAAUCUUGUGCAUUCUGCUCUCCGAUCGCGGAUCAAGUCCAAUCUGAACUCUGACUUGAGCUGUGUAAUUCAGUAAUUGAUCCCGGUCUGACAAGGAUGCCAAUAAGAUGAGACUCAGAUUUGCAUUGCUUUGCAUUUUUUUAAGGAAAAAAUCCAUAUUUCGUCCAUCAACUCUUCCCUAGUUUAAUUUUCAUCCUCAACUCUUAUUUGGAUCAAUUUACGUCAUCUGUUAAGUUUUCGAGGGACAGGGACUCUUGUUCGGAUCCAUUUAUAUCAUCUGUCCAGUU